CACAGCAGGAGGAUAGCAGGUGUUGAAGGAUGAUGGAUUCUGUCACAGGUUUGAUUUCUGGGGCGGUGGGGGGCGGAGCUCAAGCGAAUGAGGGCGUGGAGGAAGGGGGCGGAGUCAGGCGGAGAGUCCCUCCUGUUGAGCUGAAGCUGGUCCCGCUGGAGGAGGGGUUAGAGGUCACGCUGAACAGUGACAUCACCAGCGCGCUGAUGCUGCAGCGGCAGAUGGACCGCAGGAAAGCAGCUGUCUACCCUCACUCAUCGGUCUGGUCCACAGCGUUCCUGCUGGGAUACGUGGCGUUCCGGGGAAUGUGUCGUCUGUGCGGGAACGACGGCGAUCUGAUUCCUCUGAGCGACGCGGCGGGAGCUCAACACUCGGCCGAGGGAGGCGUCAUGUACAUGGCAGAGCUCCGAGAGAUGCUGAAGAAGUACCUGAAGGAGGAGAGGAUUGAGAACACACUCAGGCGUGUGAGUCGGGCGUCUCAUCCUCCGGGGUCCUCAGAAGGAAACGCGGUGGCCAGAGAAAUCCUGCAGAACCUGCAGAACCUGCGCAUGGAUCACACCUGGACCGACUCGCACUACGCCACGCUGCAGUUUCCCUCCAGGACGCAGCCGAACGCGCUCUGGUUGGUGGAUUCCGAGGGGGCGGAGCUCGAGGAGAUUCCAUUGGACAGUAAGGGAUACUGCGCCUACAGCGCCACGGGAACGGCCACGGGAGGCGUGGUGUACGUCAACUACGGUCGGAGCGAGGACUUCGAGCAGCUGCGCGCGAUGGGCGUCGCCCUCAACGGCUCCAUCGCCGUGGCGAGGGUGGGAGGAGCCGUGAGCUUCGCCGAGAAGGUGUGGCAUGCGCAGGAGGCGGGGCUUGUGGGCAUUCUCAUCUACCCCGACCCCGCCGAUGUCCCGCAGGAUCCACGGCGACUCGGUCUCCAUAGCAACGCCGUCAUCUCUGAACACGUGCAUCUGGGCUCCGGUGACCCGUUCACACCUGGAUUUCCCUCCUUUAACCACACCCAGUUCCCUUCCACCCAGUCCUCAGGCCUGCCAAUCAUCCCGGCUCAGCCAAUCAGCGCAAACGUUGCUUCCAAACUGCUCAGGUAA